AUGCCACGCCAUUUACGCUCGUUUUUUUGGGUAUUGGUGAUUGCCAUCAGUCAUUGUUCUUUCUUACAGCUGACGACACCGGUAGCAGGUGCAUCACAGGGGGAAGCAAAUGUUGACUACGAUGCCAUUUUGUUAGAGCAUAUGAUGGCACAAACUUUCACAGUCAGUGUUUUCACGGAGCGAUACGGCGUAUUCAAUGCAAGCCUUGUUCUUUCAGCUUCCUCUAAUUUCCCUGAACUCAUUCACGGUGAGCUCAUUCCCACUGGAACACAGAGGUUAGAAACGAAGGAGCAGCGGGGUUUGGAACAUUUUUCACACAACCGUUCGAUGCUUGGAGUCACGCCGCCACAGCAGGUUGCUAAUGCCCACCCCUCUCUGUUAAUCAUAAACAUUAAAAUGGAUUAUUCUGGGGCAUCGGCAGGAACCUUUAGUGCCUGGAGUCUCCCAGCAGCGGAUCGAGAAUUACAAACUCGUUUGACGACACUAGAUGAGAAAGAAAUAAAUCCAACGGUUUCAGCCAGUUUUUCCUUUCUCCCUGUCGUGACCGCUGCAAUUCCCUCUUCACUGAGCGAUAUCCAACUUGCUCCACGCAUGGCGAGUGGGACAGUCUCAAUGGAGGAUGGGAAGAAAGGAACCUUUACACUUAACUUUCUCUCGGACCAUGAGUUUUCUCUAAUAGUGAGAUUAGAGGGUGAUACUUCGUCUUUUGAUAACAUUUGGGCGCACGGGUACGCAAAACCAAAUGAUGUCUUAUUUCCUCGUCGUCCCCCGUAUAAACCCCCGGUUUGGCUCAUUUGGCUGAUGUCAGGUGCAUGGUUAUCGGUUGUCUUGUUUCAAGUUAUUAGUUAUUGUUAUUCUAACGAUCAUUCUGUGCAACCGAAGCAAAUCGUCCGUGUGGCACCACCCGCCAAGGGCAAGAAGGUCAACUGA